UGUUUGGCCUCCGGUGGUUGUGUAGUCUUCCGGUCUGAACUCGGGGAACGGCGCCACACACAUCUUGGGGUACGGUUCUGUUCCAUUCGUUCGUUCGUGUGUUCAGUCUGAUUUUUGAGCUUCGGAACGGCGGACGUUCGAUUCCAAAGUGGUGCCAAUUUCCGGAUUCGGUUAGUGCUGAAGUGAUUAUCCGUCGCCUGUGUGUGCUGCAGAUAAAGCCAGACAGUGUAAAGUGCUGUCAACCUCUUUGUCAACAGUUUGUCUCCGCCUCUCCUUCCUCGAUUCCAUCCGUUUCGCGUUUAGUGCCACCGCUGCUGAGUGGUUUGCUGAUUCCUCAAGCGGGGUGGAAAAUAGCUUUAGUGCUACGAUUGCUGAACUGAGUACAGCUGCAAAGCUAGUUGCAACCGGGACUGCAAGUAAUUUACUCAAGUGCUAAAGAUCUUAUUGUUCUCCUGAAAUCACAAGUGGAUUUCGUGAAUAUCUGCUCCUGCUACUGCUGCGGCGUCUUGCUAAUAGACGGAAGUUUACGAUUAUGACAAUUGCCUGACUCGGUGUGUGAGAAUCCAUUCCCUAAAAUGAAUACUACUAACUGUGUCGUUCUAGCGCUUGGCAACGGAUGGGGACGAAGGUUUCGCUAGCUUCUAAUCCCGAGAACUGAAAUGUGAUGUCACGAGCGCGACAUAACUGACAAGUGCUCAAAUUGAAUCUCAAACUGUCAGUAGCGCGGGUCCUGCGGGCCGCCGCCUCCGAAUAAGUGGGGGUGGAGUUUAGCUUCCUCCCGACACUCUUGUGGCCUAUCCGGCUUUGUUCGAGUGAGCGGUGCCGUGCCCACUGAUCCCAACUGACGGAGCAGUUUUCGUGGAAUAAAUAUUAAAACUGAAAGCGGAGAUAAUGUACCUCCAUCAAAACACGUCCGGAUGAAAUGGGAGAUGUUAUGUGAAGCGUAAUGAAUAAUUAAACCUGAGAAGGUCGAAAAUUGUGAAGAUUACGGCAGCAAACUGCGUGUCAGGAGCUUGCGGACGGCCAAAUUUUAGCCGACAGUUUGCAAAGUGACUGGGUGUUGGGUGAGACCGUGAUCAAAUUGAAUUGUUACCGAUUUGUGAAGAUUAGUGAUGAUAACGGAUUUUGAAUAGUGUGGGAGCAGUGCGUAUUAUUGCUAGGUGUUUAAAUAUUAAUUGAUGUAUUAUUCACCUGCUGUUGCUACUGGAAUUUUCAAAAGCGUCAUCUUUCGCGACUAAAGUGACUCCAUCAACAUCAACGGCCGAAAGUUUUGCGCAAAAGAGGCCACCGUCUGCGCCCACUCGCCAGAACGCCCGCCCGCCCUGCCACCUGAACCACCGACUUUAUGUUGACGCCUUUAGCGUUUGUUGGGCAAAAUUUCCCCCGCACUGUCGCUAUAAUUGUCGCGAGCGCUUUCAUUGCCCAGUGCAGCGCGAAGAGGGAGUAGUUUUUCGCCAACACAAAGCUUGGGACUGCCAAAGUGUGAAAUAAUUAAUUGUACAUACACGAAGCUAGGUGCAUAACUGGUGCCACUCGUUGUCAUAGUCGAGGGACCGUCUAGUUUAUUCUCCAUUCGUAGGAUCAAAUUGAAAAAUUUCCGGUGUCGAGCGUAAAAGGCACCGACUGCUGACUUUCGGUAAUUGGAAAUCUAGCUGUGGAACGAAAACUUUCGAUUCACAAUCACAAUACAGUUCAGAGAGUUCAUCAUCUAGCGGGCUCACACUAUUCGGGAUUGUGCAAACUAGGUGACGCUGUAAAUGGUGUAAAAGUUUGGCAGUAGUAAUUACCGUCGCUCUGCUAAGGAAUUAUCGCGAGUUUAUUAGUGUCGACUGGUUGCCAUGAACACGGAACAGAGCAACUGUUCCGACUGCCAAGCAACGGCAAGGGCCUGAGAGGGAAACCGAAACGAGCCAAAAACGCUUGCCUAGCCUAAACUUCUGCCAGAGGAGUUUCAUCGUUCUAUGCCUCUGCCGGUGCGCAGUAAUAAUGGACCUGCACGGCCUUCUGACGGCCGUCUGCUUGCUGAACACGCUCAAGGGUGUCAUUUUGCUGGAUCUCCAGGGGCCGGUUUUUCUCAGCGAACCCCAGCAUCGGGUGGAGUUCUCCAACAACACUGGCGGCCACAUCGAGUGCACGGGUCAUGGCAGUCCGCCUCCGGAUAUGGAAUGGUCGGUAGCGACGACGAACCACGAGCUGGUUUACGCGUCGCCAAACGGAAGUCUGAUUUUCUACCCCUUUUCUGCGGAUAAGUUUCGUCAUGAAAUACACUCGACGGUUUAUAGAUGUAAAUUAAAAAACUUGGUCGGCACUAUUCUGAGCCGCGAAGUGCACGUGAAAGGAGUUGUAAAUCAGAAGUACAACGUACAAGUACAUGACGAAUAUGUCAUGUCGGGGAACACCGCGGUCCUCAAGUGUCAGGUGCCCAGCUAUAUCCUGGACUACGUGGUGGUCACCGCCUGGGUGCAGGAUAGCGGUGUCCAUCUGUACCCGAACACCGACAUCGGCGGCAAGUACAUCGUGCUGUCGAACGGCGAUCUGUACAUCAACAACGCCGGACCAAGCGAUGCGUACAAAACGUACUCGUGCAGAACUGUAAAUAGACUAACAGGUGAAAUACAAAUUUCAACAUAUCCAGGUAGAGUAAUAGUGACUGAACCGAAAGGGCUAGUACAACCUAGAAUUAAUGUAGAGAAACACUCGCUCAAGCACGUAGUUGUGAAUGCACAAGUUACGCUGCCUUGCGUGGCCCAGGGCCACCCGGUGCCCACCUACCGCUGGUUCAAGGAGGUCAAGGACCAGAUCAUCCCGCUGCAGCUGAACGAACGGAUCGGCAUCGUGUCCGCUGGGCUGCUGAAGAUCGCCAAAGCCCGCCUCGAGGACAGCGGGAAGUAUCUCUGCUGGGUGAACAACACGGCCGGCGAGGAGACAAUCCAGGUAACGUUAACCGUUACCGCACCCCUGACAGCACACCUGCAGCCACAAGUACAAACCGUAGAUGUUAGUAAGGAUGCCCAGUUCCAGUGCAUUAUCUCGGGCUUCCCGGCGCACGAGGUUCUCUGGAUGCACAACGGGAAGCCCAUCGUGCGAGACAGUCGGAUAGAGAUCUACACCGACACGCCGCGCAUUGUGAUUAAGAACGUACAGAAGGAAGACCAGGGCAUGUACCAGUGCUUCGUAUCCAACGAGUGGGAACAAAUUCAGUCGACGGCCGAGCUACAAUUGGGAGACGCCACACCGGAGCUGCUGUACUGGUUUUCCGAGCAGACGCUACAGCCAGGUCCAACCGUAUCGUUGAAGUGUGUGGGAACCGGCAAUCCACCGCCACAAUUCACCUGGAAGUUAGAUGGUUUCCCGAUUCCUGACAGCUCUCGGUUCGUCGUUGGCCAGUACGUAACCAUACACGACGACGUAAUCAGCCAUGUAAAUAUAUCCAACGUCAAGGAAGAGGAUGGUGGGGAGUACACCUGCGUGGCCCAGAACAGCAUCGGAAGGGUAUCACAUAGUGCCCGGGUGAACAUUUACGGUCUUCCAUACAUUCGAGAGAUGCCUAAAAUUACCGGCGUGUCGGGCAGUGACUUGGUGAUAAAAUGCCCGGUGGCCGGUUAUCCGAUCGAUAAGAUACACUGGGAGCGGGACGGUCAGACACUGCCUAUAAAUCGACGCCAAAGGGCCUACAAUAAUGGAACGCUAAUCAUCGAACAGUUGCAGCGGACAGAAGAUGCUGGCACGUACACCUGUAUGGCCCAGAACAAGCAGAAGCAAACGUCCCGACGGAAUGUCGAGAUUCAGGUUAUAGUGCCUCCAAAAAUUAUGCCCAUUCAAGCAAUGACCAAUAUGUUGCGCGAAGGCAUGCGUGCUGCUAUCUCCUGUCAAAUAUUGGAAGGUGACCUGCCGGUGAAUUUCCGCUGGGAACGCAACGGGAAACCAAUUCUCGGUACCGGUAAUGAAGUGAUACGAAGGUUAGACGAAUACUCGGCCAGUUUGGUAAUCGAACAUAUCACCUCGGAGUACUCGGGAAACUAUACUUGCAUUGCAAGCAACGUAGCCGGAAGUGAAAGCUUCACGGUGCCCCUAACUGUAAACGUCCCACCGAAAUGGAUUCUCGAGCCAAAAGAUUCCAGUGCUCAAGCCGGACAGGAUAUCGCUCUUCACUGCCAAGCCGGAGGCCACCCGAAGCCUACGGUCACUUGGAAGAAAGCAAUCGGCAACACUCCUGGCGAGUAUAAGGAUUUUCUAUACGAGCCAAAUGUUUCGCUGCAUGACAACGGUACGUUGGAGUUUCGCAAAAUCACAAAGGAAUCGCAGGGUCAUUUUUUAUGCGAAGCCAAAAACUCCAUUGGAACCGGCGUUAGUAAAGUGAUUUUUCUUAAAGUUAAUGUGCCUGCUCAUUUCAACACCAAAAGCAAACAAAUCACUUCACCUCGCAACAAACAGAUUCAUAUCCAGUGCAACGUCCAGGGCGAUAACCCAAUCGACAUCAAGUGGAAAAUGCAAAACUCCCAGCAGCACAUUGACGAAUCGCUGGACAACCGAUACAACAUCCGCGAACAGGUGCUGGAUGACGGAAUGGUUUCGGAGUUGGGAAUCUCCCACACCUACCGUCAGGAUACCGGAGUCUACAUCUGCCAUGCAACGAACGCGUUCGGUCAUGACGAAAUGUCGAUCCAGCUGGUCAUUCAAGAAGUUCCGGAGUCUCCAAAAAAUCUUCGCAUAAACUCCCAACAGUCUCGAACGCUGCAGCUGUCCUGGAGUCAACCGUUUGCCGGAAAUAGUCCCAUCGAAAAGUACAACGUUGAAUACAAGCUCGUUACCGAUUCGUGGCAGUCGGCUGAACACAUUACCGUAGCCGGAACCCAAACUGUCAUCACCUUGCAAAAUCUGAAACCAGCAAAAGCAUAUCACAUUCGGAUAUCGGCCGAAAACAAACUAGGUGCGUCGGAGUAUUCGGAAGUGAUACAAGUGACCACCUUAGAAGAAGUGCCUUCCGGUCCACCGUUGAAUAUCAAAGGUGAGCCGAAAAGUUCCACCGAAAUUUUUCUCUCUUGGGAAGCCCCCGAUCGGGAGCAGUGGAACGGAAAUCUGCUGGGCUAUUAUGUGGGCUAUCAGGAGGCAACCGGUCCUAAUGAUAAGGAGAUUAACCCCACACAAGGUUUUAACUUUAAAACGGUCGAAGUGCGAACGCAUUUCGGAGGGGAAACCACACUGGGCGGACUAAGCAAAUGCACCCAGUACAAUAUCGUAGUGCAGGCAUACACCAGCCAAGGAAGUGGACCUCCGAGUAAGGAAAUUUCACUCAGCACCCUAGAGGAUGUUCCGUCGACUCCACCCGAUAGUCCCAAAUGUGACGUACUGAGUUCGACCUCGAUUUAUAUCACCUGGUCACCGCCGGCAGCUGAGGGUCAGAACGGGAAGAUACGUGGCUACAAGGUGUCUUACAUUGAAAUCGAGGAUCUGUUUGAGAAAGAACCAUACACUGCCAAAACCAACAACCAGUAUAUGACGCUAGAGAACCUGAAGAAGUUUACCAACUACACUUUCUGGGUGCUGGCAUUCACGAAAGUUGGCGAUGGUGUGCGGACCACUUCUUUCUUUUGCACUACUCACGAGGAUGUCCCCUCGGCACCGCGUGCCAUCAAAGCGGUCCCAGCGUCGAGCACAAAAAUUCUCAUCUCCUGGCUUCCGCCGGCCAACAGAAACGGCAUCAUCACCGGGUACACCUUCUAUAUGUCCCUGGUGGAUGGUGGCCGGGACGAAGGAACGCACAAGCGCACGCUGGUUCCGUACGCCGAUAUACACGAAACGGUACGGUUGCAGGAGCACGGAACAUACCAGUUCUGGCUCACGGCUUCCACCAAGGUGGGCGAAGGGGAGAAGUCGGAAAUAAUUACCGUUCCCCCGAACAAUAAAGUUCCCGCUCGGAUUGUAUCCUUCAGUCAGGAAAUCGUAACGCCUUGGAAGGAAACGCUGGUUCUACCGUGCCGCAAGGUGGGAGUUCCUGCACCGGUAACAAUCUGGCGCCAGGAUGAUCAGGCAAUGGAAACCGGAACGAGGAAACUGAUUGCCAAAAAUGGAACUCUUUACAUCAAGGACUGUCAACAUUCAGACGCCGGGAAUUACACGUGCAGCGUAGAGAACAAUUGGGGACGAGAUGAGGUUGUCUACCAUAUAAAGAUCAAAGUUCCACCAGAUCCGCCGAGUCUUUCGGUCAUCAACACCUACACAGAUAGUUUGCUGCUAGAAUGGCUAGACAAUAAGAAUGGAGGUUCACCAAUUCUCGGUUAUGUUAUCAAUUACAAGCGAGAGCACGGCGACUGGGAAGAGAUUCAAAUUGAUUCAAAAACCAACACCCAUCUGUUGGUAAAUCUGUGGUGUGGAACAAAGUACCAAUUGUACAUCACGGCCUACAACAAGAUAGGAACCGGUUUACCAUGUGACAUCGUACAUUCCCAAACAAAGGGGCUGCCACCUGUUCAACCGAAGCAUUCGCAAAUGAUAACCAACAAUUCAACCAGUGUGACUUGCUGGCUGGAUUCCUGGGGUGACGGUGGGUGUGGAAUUCUACAUUUCUCAAUCGAAAACCGUAUGUACGGUCGCUCUCUGUGGAACAUGAUCUCGAAUCACGUGGAAGCAACCGAACGAAUUUUCACGGUUGCCGAUUUGAGUCCCGCAACCAAAUACCAGCUGCGGGUGACGGCUUAUAACAAUGCCGGAGCGACGAUGGCGGUUUAUAAUUACACCACCCUAACCGCGGCUGGAGUAAUGGUGCACCCGGAUCUAACGAAUCCCGUUUCACCGCACCUGGGGGACAAUCCAUUCUACGCCAAUUUCAAAGUGCUGCUGCCGCUCUGCCUUUCAAUCCUGAUCCUGUUUGCACUGAUAGCGGUGGCUUUGCUAAUUCGAAAAAGAAAACUGAGCAACCAGAACCGAAUACCGUCAACGUCGAUGUCGGAGUCACCGUCGAUUGCCAAUAUGCAGAACAAGCACAACCGGGACCAGCAGUAUUUAGCGGUGCGCGCCCAGCAGAACAGCCGCAACAGCAACUCGGUCGAUUCGGGUAGCUUUAAAGCCGAAGGAAAUGAAUAUAUUGAAGACAUAUGUCCGUAUGCAACAUUUCAGCUGAACAAGCAAACGUACAGCGAAAGUUCAUACAGCGGAAAUGUCUACAGUGGACCUUAUCAUUCGGUAAGAGGAUCAUUUGUGUAUCAUGAUGUAAAAACCGAAAGCUGUCAUAACAAAGAACCCGAGUACACUAAAGUACGCAGAAAGGGCGGAUCUCGGCUGCGGGAUUCGGCCACCUCGGAGCCGAUAGAUAUAAAUCAAUUUAUAGAAUCUGACAAUCCCGGAUCCACAGAUUCCGAAGUUAGGAAGAUACUAACACUUCAUAUACCGAUUACAGAAUAUGAUACGCUUGGUUCCGAGUCCGACAACGACAUGGCCUCGCGUUCCAAUCAGUCCAACUAUCGACAUCACAGAGAAACCCAAGACGAAACGUCUUCGUCUUCGGAAAACUCGCCUUCUAGUUUAACUAGAAAGUCGAAACCACCAUACCCACCGCGGAAGUCGGCGAAAUCGUCGCAAAACCCGUCGAAGCGUCAUGUCCGGAGUUCCAGCGGUUACUCGAGCCACAACGAAGAAACUACGUUUAGUAUAUCUAACUAUCCGAACUACUCCGAACAUAUAACACCGCCAGCCAGGUUCUCCGAUCUGCUCGGGCGAGACGCCACGCUGGCCGUCUCGUCCGUGAACCCUUCCGGGCUGGUGGGCAGUGCCAGCGAGCUCAGUAGUACGAAAAAAUCGAGUAAUCACUCGCCCCGACCACGUGCCAACCAGAAGCUUCAGCGGGAAGCCUUCCAAAUCAAUGUGUGAUGGGAUUGCGACAGCGACAUUUCAGGACAUCCAGGCCUAUGAAAAGACGCCAUUUUUCUAUGACCGAAAAAUAACAAGCAAAAUAUUGGAACCACAGUGGGUUCGAAAUGGAAAUGGAGCCACAAAAAAAGUCACAUACAACCCAGUGCAAAAGCAUAGGCGCGUCUAAGGCCUGAGGACAUCUGAAUCGAUAGUUUUACACUCUCUCUGACACACACAAACACAUGUAGUUCUUACAUACCUACUCUGAAGCACACGUAAUUAAACGACGAAUGAACGGGGACUUUAGUAUACACGAACUCCUUUUACUGGUACAACGCAAUGGGCUGAGGAAAAAAGCAUAACGAAUAGUAGAAUUCCGGAUGGAGUGCACUAGUACGAACAGAAACCGAAGAUCGAAUACUCGUUUGAGUUUUGUUGUGAUUGAUCGACUCGGUUUGGUAUCUAAUUAGGUUCUAAGAAUAUUCGUUCAUGUUCGAAAUCGAUCGUAUAGGAAUCCAUCACGCGUGAAAGAAACCCGGAAUGAGUGGAAGAAACUCUCUAGCAGAAGGAGAGAAAGAAAAACAAAACAGAUUGUUACUGAAAAAUAAUUCAGACUUUAAUUGUCAUAGAUAGUUAUUUGAUACGAAAAUUUAUCAGAGGUAAAGCAUUUGCCAAAACAGCAUAUAGUAAAGUCAUUAGUUUAAAUAUUUUAUAUUGAAAGUACUAUUUUAGAAUAGGUGGUUAUUUCCGCUCAAAGCGGAAAGCUCGAAAGUAUUAGGCCAACAAAUUGUUUCAAUCUGUACGUUAAGCGGAUGUUUCCUUAAAGUUGUGGUUUCAACAACAUGCAAAACCCCAUCAGUUUCUAUCUCGUUUUCUUCAAAACUAUGCAAACCGUUACUGUAAAAAAAAGAAACAAAACAGGAGGAAACGCGCUCAUUUCUGUUGUUUAGAGUAGUGACAAGUACAAUAAUUCUAGUUUGAAUCGAUUGCUUAGAGAAAACAAAACAAAACACAAAAUUAUCCGGUACAGCGAACGCGCACACACACACACACUCAUAAACAUGACUGACAGACAAGUGUAGUUGCCAUGCCAACCGUAACAAACUACAGCGAUUCCUGUUCAGUUUAAUUUACUAUGAUUACGUUACUGAAGUCGAUUAGUUUAUGAAGGAGAGAUUGAUAGCUGUUAAUAAAUGUGUAAAAAAUUAAAAAAACUAAAAUACAACUGUCCGUCAUAUCGCGAAAAGCAGUUUUCUCGGGAGAACUUCUUGUUUCAGCGGAAAACAUUUGGUAGAUUUUUUGCCUAUCAUCCAAGUCGACAAAAAUGCAAAAUUGGUUCUAGUCAUUUUCGAGAAGAAAAAUUGGCAAUCUUACCAUAGAUUCACUUUAAAUCUUCGCAAAGUUUUCUGCAAAAUGAGCGCCGAGAAAACAAAAAAUGCACCCGUAGGUUGUCGGAAAACAUACAAGAAACGAAUUCACGCAGUCCCGAUCAUACACAAACAACAAUAUAUAUAUAUAUAUAUAUAUAUAUAUAUAUAU